GAUGCGUUCACGUGUGUUGUGUUUACAUAUCUAAAUCAACACCACUGCGAUAUCAGUCAAAACUAUAUGUUUUCUUUAGGCUGGAGAUGUAAUUGUUGUGAGACCGCGUGAGCGCGCACUUAACGAUAGUGCGCGCGGCCCCGGAGUCGCUCGCUCCCACAGACGCACUGAGGCUCCUCACACAGCAGCAGCGCAGGGUUCAACUCACAGAGGUCCGGGUGGAUCACCGGGAGAGGAGCUCAAACACACCGGAGGGAUUACCGGGAUUUGUACUUGGAGGAUGUGUGGUAUGGACGUGGACUUGGACGAUGGCGGGUCUGGCGAGGAGGAGAAAGAGGAGGAGUUCUGGGUCGGGGAGGGGGUGAAGAUGCUGCCCCCUCCUGUGGCCCACAGCGGGGGCAGCGCAUGGGGCAGCCGCAGGGGCAGAUGUGGCUGCGUGGCCUGUGGGGCAGCUCUCAUCCUCUGGGACCUGUGUAUCAUCUUAGCCAGCGCUCUGCUCCUGGCUGUGGUCUUCUCCGUGGUGCUGCUGCCUGCAGUGCUGCUGCUGUACGCCGGUUUCCUCUGCCACUCCAGGGUCCUUGACGCCCCCUCUGCCAUCUGCCGUUACCUUGACGACAACAGCUGCUCCGCCCUCAUCAUCCUGGGCUUCGUGAUGAUGUCCCCACUCGUGGUUGUGGCAGCCGCCGUCUUCUGCGGGCUGCUCCGAAGGUUUCGACUCCUGCUCCUCAUUCAGCCGAUCACACGCGCCUGGUACAGAGGGCAGCUGUCGGACUGGGCGAGCAGCGUCCACGCCUGGGUCUGAUCAAGGCACAGCAGGAGGCACUGAGGGUCUGAUAUGUUAACAGUCAGGGGGAUCAGAAAGUGUGAUGUGUGAUGUAAAAUCAACCUGAGAGACAGAGGGGGUAGACAAAAUAACAGGGACACCUGACAAUAUAGUGUGAGAGAUGUUGACUCAACUAGAUGCUACGCCCCCAGGAAGUGCUCCAGGCUUUGAAGCUCAUUCUUGUAGUGGCCAAACAAUGAAAUUACGACUUCCUGGUCCGUCAUGUGAUGCCACUGGGCCCAAAGAGACUAUUUCCCAUAGAGUUACAUUGUAAAAGACAUGCCUGUAAAUUAGUGGCUCCAUUUAUUUGACCGUCACAACACCCUUGAUAAGAUUCGUUUCACCAUCAGAAUUUGAUUCAUUCAGUUUGAUAACAUUUCGAAAGUCUAGAAGAGCUGCACGAUAAAAUCAUUUUAUCCCCAUUCAGCUGAGCGCUAAACUGGAAGCUCAUGAAAGUCUGUAGUGCGAUUGCUCUAUGGGCUCAACAGUGCAGAGGAUCAGAGUACUUUUAUACCUCCGCACUUGAACUUUAUUGGCAUCAUGCAUCACUCAGCAACUUUCAUAGGAAUCAUUGGGGCACACCUCCAAUAAUGUAUCCAACUCUCAUAGGCCCAGGCCACAUGUUCAUGGGUAUCUCGGAAAUUGAUUUUUUUUUCUAUUACCGGAAGGCUCUCUGGAGCCGUGACCCCUAUAGCACUUUCUGACACCUCUGCUCCUCUGUAUAGUGGAAGACCAACUGUGCAUUUAUGUGUUAGCGUGUUAAAAGCCCUGUUAGCGAGAUAUGAACCAGCACUAUUUCUGUCACGUCUGCCACUGCACAAAAUGCUCAUGUGUGAUGCCCCAUAAAGGAGAAAACGGCGCACGCUCUAAUGUUACGAGCCCUAAACUCAGUUUUGCCUGUCUACAUGUCAACACUGAAAUGUUUUUGAAAUCCUCAUCCUGGAAGCAGUUUUACAGAAGGUCAGUUUUUAGACCUAAAACACUAUUUUGUGUAGACAAAAGGUAAAAACUCAUAGAAACGAGUUCAAAUAUCCGUGUAUGUGGAAAAGGCCUCAAUACAUCCAUGGGUUUUUAUGGACUAUUUUCUGGCUGGAUGUAGUUACUUCCUGGCAUCUCUGGCGCCCUCGUGGUGUUGGCAAGAUUUAGGCCCAAUCCUAAUACCCCCCCUUGUCUACUACCCCUUAGCCCUUGGCCCUACCCCUAGCGCUUGCCCACUACCCCUUGGCCCGUGAAAUGAAGCAACGAGGGGUAGGGGUAGGGGAAAUCUUUCCCUAGGAAUUGGGACACCACUCACUACCUCACCGCAUCGGUUGCGUUCACGCAUACGUAACUAUUUUAAACAGGAAGCUGCAAGCCAUCUACAUUUCCAACCGGCAUCUACAAUGGAGUUUCCAGUUGAGUUAAUCCUACCGAUUGCGUCUGCAUUAUUCAUCAUGCUUCGUUUGAUGAACGACAGACGACAGGGGACUUCUGCUAGCUAGAUAGCUAGCUAACCAGCUAACAUUAUGAGGCAGCAUGGUUAUACUAGCUGGCAAGUUAUCGUAAUGUGAAAAAUCUGACAAUUUUGCAGAACAGGACAGAUGACAGACACCAGAUAGUGCGAGCUAGCUAGCUAGCUAACAAGCAACCUGACAACGGCUGUGUAUGAACUUUUUCCCCCGUCUCUUGAUCAGUGGUAGCCAUGGCGACGUCUACCCUUCGCUGGCAAGUCAGCAUCUGAAAUCCCUCACUCCGACGGGCUAGUUUCAUACCCACUACCCCUUGUUAUGUCCCCUACCCAUACAGGCAAAAAGGAAUUGGGACACCCCUACCCCUCGCGGGAAGCUAAGCUAAUCACCUGCUGGUUCUAUCCUCUAUCCUCAUCGAGACCGAGUUUUGUAGCGUUGUUACUAGGUUGCGAAUUGAUGGUGUCUCCAUUAUUUUGUCUACCCCCUCUACAUUUAAGGUCAUUUUGUGAUUUGUUGAGAACAAGAAAAUACAAUUGUGGUUAUAAAGUCAUUGUAGCAGUUUCCACCUCAGUCUAUUUGUAUUGUUUUAGAAACCACAUACUUUUCUGUGAUUCGUGGCUUGAUGUCUUCACAUACAAACAUUAGAGAAUAUACUCUGCACUCAUUUGAUCCAAAGGAACAAAAUGCAUCUUGGGACAGUCCAGAAAAAAUGCUAAUGAAAUAAUUUUUGUAAAAUGAAGGACAAAUAAAUGCAUAUCAAUAUUGCAAUAUCACGGCUGCAUUAACACAAGCAAGACUCAAAGGAAUCGUCAUGUUCUUUAGAUAAGGGUAGCAGUUUUAGGACAGUAAUACAUCAUUAUGGUAGUAUUCAAUUACAUUUUGUAUAUAACCAACUAACUUUUUGUGAUUUUGUAUUGCCUGUUUGCUAACUAUGUUGAUGUGGUUACAUGUGGGACUUUCUCAGAAGUAUAUUGCUGUGAAGUUAUUUGUGGUUGCACAUUAGAAGUUUAGCAAAAAGUCAAAACACUAUUGCAAACAUUAGAUUCAUUGGGUUUAACUUGGUCCCGUGUGUUGGGCUCAGCUACCCUGGGGCGCUCAAACACCCUGAAAAACAGGGUGAAUGAUGUAACGUGUACGAUAAGACAACAGCAUACAGGGACAUUUGUAUCAUCUGUGCGGUGACUUAAAUGGACGAUGAUGUUUGUUUAUCUGAUGUAGCAUCACUAGCAGUCAUGUUUUGUGGGAGGGAGAGAAAUAUGAAACACAUUUCAUGUAAGUGGAUCUUUUAUUGAGAUCACAUCAUGCCAUAAUAAAACACACCCUUCAUUAUAAAAACAACAGCAGUUGACAGUACGACAAAAGUAAUGGCUGUUAAGUGGGAGCCAGGUGUUAAAGUGAGAUUUGAAUCAUUGGAGCAGGAGCUCAUUCUGCUGCCUCUUUGCUUUCUGCUCAUUUAAAUUCAUCAGCGACACACGUGCCGCACAUCCGUUUUAUCUGAGUGUCAGUGCUCCGUAAUUAAGUGUUUGGAUUUCUCAGAAGAAAGCCUUGAAUCAUAUUUCAUGAGAGGCAUUUAUUACAUGUACUGUGCCGAUGUAAUCUUACUGAGAUGUAUUUAUUUUCUAUUUAAACAUAUUUAUUAUGUAAGUCUUAUGUAAGUCCUGUUAUUUAUCUUCCACUGUAUGUUUGUUUACAGAAACGAAGCCCUGUUAGUUCCAGUAUUUUACGAGAACUAGGAAGGAAAAGGGUCUAUGUAUUUUUUUAGUUGUAUGCUGGCAACAUUACACCGUAACUACAGUAUUUACUGAAAAGCUUACAGCUUAUUUAUUGUUCAGCUUUUCAUUUCAGUGUUGUCAACAAAACAGCAGCACACUGUCAUGUUCUGACCUCACAACAAUAAAAACAGGACUUUUUU